AUGGCUACAUCAUGGCCACACCAUGGCCACAUGGCUACAUCAUGGCCACAUGGCUACAUCAUGGCCUCGAAGACACUUGAAGAAGCACGUGAUACAAGGGGCUGUGAACACAAGGUUGCUCUAGCAUGCAUAUACCUCAAGGUUGCUCUAGCAUGCAUAUAUCCCAAGGUUGCUCUAGCAUGCAUAUAUCCCAAGGUUGCUCUAGCAUGCAUAUAUCCUAAGGUUGCUCUAGCAUGCAUAUAUCCCAAGGUUGCUCUAGCAUGCAUAUAUCCUAAGGUUGCUCUAGCAUGCAUAUAUCCCAAGGUUGCUCUAGCAUGCAUAUAUCCCAAGGUUGCUCUAGCAUGCAUAUACCCCAAGGUUGCUCUAGCAUGCAUAUAUCCCAAGGUUGCUCUAGCAUGCAUAUACCCAAGUAUUGCUCUAGCAUGCAUAUACCCCAAGGUUGCUCUAGCAUGCAUAUAUCCCAAGGUUGCUCUAGCAUGCAUAUACCCCAAGGUUGCUCUAGCAUGCAUAUAUCCCAAGGUUGCUCUAGCAUGCAUAUAUCCCAAGGUUGCUCUAGCAUGCAUAUAUCCCAAGGUUGCUCUAGCAUGCAUAUAUCCCAAGGUUGCUCUAGCAUGCAUAUAUCCCAAGGUUGCUCUAGCAUGCAUAUACCCCAAGGUUGCUCUAGCAUGCAUAUAUCCCAAGGUUGCUCUAGCAUGCAUAUAUCCCAAGGUUGCUCUAGCAUGCAUAUAUCCCAAGGUUGCUCUAGCAUGCAUAUAUCCCAAGGUUGCUCUAGCAUGCAUAUAUCCCAAGGUUGCUCUAGCAUGCAUAUACCCCAAGGUUGCUCUAGCAUGCAUAUACCCCAAGGUUGCUCUAGCAUGCAUAUACCCCAAGGUUGCUCUAGCAUGCAUAUACCCCAAGGUUGCUCUAGCAUGCAUAUAUCCUAAGGUUAAUCACUAA